AUGUAUGUCUCCGAUGCCUCAGACGGAAUCCGCUGUAAAAUCUUCCCGACCACCUUGACAAAGACUGCAAUAAAGUGGUUCAACAGCUUGCCGCCAAGGUCGAUUACAAGCUUUGAUGACUUCGCCAGGAAGUUCCUAGCCAGGUUCUCUAUACAGAAUAACAAAACCAAACACGCUCCAAGCCUGCUAGGGAUUAAACAAGGAGAUCAGGAAAGCCUCUACAGUUACAUGGAAAGAUUCAAUAAAGCAUGCCUGGAAAUACAAAACCUUCCAACAGAAGCAGCCAUCAUGGGUCUCAUCAAUGGCCUACGAGAAGGACCCUUCAGUCACUCCAUAUCCAAAAAGCAUCCAUCAUCUCUCAACGAGGUUCAGGAACGAGCAAAAAAUACAUUAAUAUGGAGGAGAACUCCCGAUUAUAAGAAACCUCAAAGACUGGAUUCUCCUACUUACCUCGAGACAAGGAUAAAGAGUCCAGGAAGAAAGAAGACCAACCUACUGAGAAACCCAUAA